AGGCCUGGACACAGACCUGGGUCUGUCCCUCCCUGGUAGCCAGGGCUCGGGAGGAAGUGAAGGGAGUCCUUGGCCCUGAGAGAGGAGCCUUGAAUUGCCCCCGUGGAGCAAUUCCCUCGCUUCUCUGGGCCUCAGUUUCCUUCUCUGUGAAAUGAGGCCAAUACUCCUGGCAUCCUUAUACCAGGCUCUUGCUAAUAAUCCCAGUGCCAACAAACCCGAACCCCCCCAGAUGUUUGACCUCCUGCUCUUUCCCUUGUGGUUGGGGGCGUGCCCAGGGACACCAGACUGCCUUGCCCAGCCCGCCAAACCGGAUCUCUCCGUGGGAUCUGGCUCCGGUCCCUGGGCUGCUUAGACCGCUUCUCCUGUUUUCCUGAAGCCAGGUCUGGGCUCCUUCAGGGGUGUCUGCGUCCGUCCCCCCACAGCUCAGACGGUCAGGCCCCUGUGAGUCAGAUGGGGGGAAGCUGGGUCUGUCUUACAGUCUCUCUACUCUUCCCUUCCCCCCAUAUCUUUUGCUUGUUUGAACAAGGAGAGUCCAAGCUCUCUGACGCCCUGUGAUUUCAGGUAGUUAAUAAGAAGCCACAGGGACGAGUAAAGUUUAGUGGGUCCUGGAUAUAAAGGACCCUGGCCACCCUCGGGAGAGCCACUGGUUGUUUGGAGAGCUAAGACAACAGCUCUGUGUUCAUUGUAGGUCCCACGAGGGGCUUCCAGGAUGUCUCAGCUGGUAGAGUGCGUCCCCAACUUCUCUGAGGGCAACAACCAAGAGGUCAUCGAUGCGAUUGCCCAGGCCAUCUCCCAGACUGCAGGCUGUGCCUUACUGGACGUGGAUGCAGGUCCUUCCACCAACCGGACGGUGUACACCUUUGUGGGCACCCCUGAAGAUGUCGUGGAGGGGGCCUUGAAGGCCGCUCGGGUAGCAUUCCAGCUCAUCGACAUGACCAAACACAAAGGUGAACAUCCCCGAAUGGGUGCCCUCGAUGUCUGCCCCUUCAUCCCAGUGAAGAAUGUUACGAUGGACGAGUGUGUUCUGUGUGCCCGCACCUUUGGCCAGCGACUGUCCCAGGAGCUCAGGGUGCCAGUUUAUUUGUACGGAGAAGCGGCUCAGCAGGAACAGAGGAGAACAUUGCCGGCAAUCCGAGCAGGAGAAUACGAAGCCCUGUCCGAAAAACUCCAGAAGGCUGAGUGGGCCCCCGAUUUUGGUUCCAGCACCUUUGUGCCCAGAUGGGGGGCCACAGCCACAGGGGCCCGGAAGUUCCUCAUUGCAUUCAAUAUCAACCUCAUCUGUACCAAAGAGCAAGCCCAUCGGAUCGCCCUGAACAUCCGGGAGCAAGGACGGGGGAAGGACCAGCCUGGGCGACUGAGAAAAGUUCAGGGCAUAGGCUGGUACCUGGAUGAGAAGAACAUUGCACAGGUAUCCACCAACCUUCUGGAUUUUGAAAUCACUGCCCUCCACACAGUGUAUGAGGAGACCUGCAAAGAUGCCCAGGAGCUGAAUCUGCCAAUUGUGGGCUCUCAGCUGGUGGGCCUGGUCCCUCUGAAGGCCCUUCUCAAUGCAGCAGAGUUUUAUUGCCAGAAGGAAAGCCUUUUCAUUCUGGAGGAGGAGCACAAAAUUCGACUGGUGGUGAACCGGCUGGGCCUGGACUCCUUGUCUCCCUUUCAUCCAAAGGAGCACAUUAUUGAGUACAUGGUUGAGGAUGGCGCGAUGAGUGGGAGCUUGGUCUCAAAGUCACUUUCUGUUUUUGUCCGUGAUGUGGGGGCCCGCUCUGCUGCUCCCGGGGGUGGCUCUGUGGCCGCAGCGGUGGCCGCCAUGGGGGCGGCGCUGGGCUCUAUGGUGGGGCUGAUGACCUACGGAAGGCGGCGGUUUGAGCACCUGGACCCAGUCAUGAGGAGACUCAUUCCCCCUUUGCAUCAAGCGAUGAAAGAGCUGCUAGCAAUGGUGGACUUGGACUCAGAGGCCUUCAGCGGCUAUAUGGAAGCGAUGAAGAUGUCCAAAAACACACCUGAAGAGAAGGAAAGGCGCACGGCUGCCAUGCAGGAAGGGCUGAAAAAGGCCAUCGGGGUCCCCUUUGGCCUGGCACAGAAAGUGGAUACCCUGUGGCCAACCUUGAAGGAGAUGGCGCUUUACGGGAACCUCACGUGCAAAUCGGACCUGCAGAUCGAGAAUCGGACAGGACCUGGGGAAUCAUCUAACCCCUUUGUUGUGCAGAUGAAGACAGUGAGGCCUGUGUUGGGCAACCCUGCCUCCUCCCGUCAGGUCACAGCCCACUGCUGAAGUCCAUAGGUAUGGCUGUUUAAAGUGGCCACCCUUGGCCAAUGUAGAUCAGAGCCCACAAUUUUCAUCCUGAAAAUGUGACCUGAAUCCUGGACCAAAAGCCCUCCUUUGACAACUCCUCAUGGCAUGGAGACAACCCUGGGUCCUCAGAGCUUGGGCCUACCAAAAGCUCACUGAAGAAAAUAAUUCCUUAAAAAUUAGAAUUGGGCAAGUGGAAGCUAAUGUCCCUAUUCGACAUCAAGAAUCAACCAAGCAAAAGCAAAAGAGUGAAAAAAUAGAAAAAAUGUAAAAUACCUCAUUGGAAAACAGCUGACCUGGAAAAUAGAUGCAAGAGAGACAAUUGAAGAAUUUUUUGACUACCUGAAAGCCAGGAUCAAAAAAAGA